AUGUCUUCAAAUCCGCAAUAUCGCCGCAUCCAGCCGAGGCCAGCGACGUCGUCGCAAUCUCAAGUAGCUACACAGGAAGAGGCACUUGUUAUUCUGCAGACGGUCGGCGAUCGCACCUUCGAAACACUCGCUCAAACUGCAGAAUACCUCAAGCAAUUGACUCCGGAAGACCGCUAUUAUGCUAUUAGCUCACAGGCGUCCAAGUUGAUCGACGUGCAAAAAAAAACUGAUCAAUGUAUGGCAUAUCUCCUCACUUUUGCUCGGGAGGAUGAGGCCAUAAGUCAACGAAUGAUUCGAGACCCGGGAAUGUGGCAGAAAAUAUCGGAUGGUGCUGAAAGACGCCGCAAAACAAAGGACAAGAAGCAAGAAGCCAUGACCGCAGUCUUCGAGAGGUGGGGGAGAGAGAAUGUAGAGCGUUAUUUCGCUCACAUUAUGAACAAUGGAGGUACCACCUGGGCUAAGAUUAGACGCCUCGCGUUGAAGACCACUCUUGAAAUCGCCAUGGUGGAGCUCCGCAAGGCUUGUCUCUGGAGGCUGACAAAUCCCGGACCCGGAAGAGACAAUAAAACGCUCGAACCCGUUGCUGCAGACUUCGAACUCCUCCACUCGCAGCCUGAGAAAAUUGCAGAUGUGUCAACACCCAUUUCUUGCGGCUACGCUGUCGGAGACAGCGGUUGGCUGGUUCCUGCCGAGCGUGUGCUCAAUAUCGCCGAUGCUGAUGACCUAGCUGAAGAGGACGAUUCUUCUUUGUCUGAAAUCGUCAGCGACACGAAUGUCGACAAUGUGGAAGCACUAACUGGUGCUAAUGAUGAUGCUGAGAUACAGUCGGCACCUCAGAGUGAAGCAGAAGACGUCACGGAUUGCAGCCCUUCCGCGAGCGACAAGGGUGCUGCGAGAGACACGAUACCUGCAACAUGCUCAGCAGCUGAAUCGGUGACUGGAGAUUAUGAAGUUCAAUCCGACACCGAUUUUGACUUGAACGAUGGCUCCGAUGUUGAUGGUGAUAUCGACGACUCUGCUGAUCUGGAUUACAGCCCAGAUCAAAAGAAGCGCAAGCGAGACCACCACGAUGAAGGUGGCCGGGAAAAGCGUAGAUGUGGCUGCGCGUCUGGCAUCCCAAACGCAUUCAUCGCACGCUGUACUACUGGCAGAGCUGUUAACCCGGCUGGCCAGGUCUCGCUCAUCAAAGGCUGGGCCCAGCACGACCGUGCUGGGAGAUCUGUCUGCUAUCACCAUGCGAGGAACAUCGCAUUAGUUCUUGGCAUGCAAACCAGGGGCAUUGACAUGGAGAUGUUGAAGGCACGGCUCAGCAUGUACUACGAAGCCGCAGUACAGAAUACAAUCGGGAAGUUGAAAGUGGACAAAAGCACUUACAUGUGGUUCAGCCUGGAUUCUCGGCCUAGCCGGCCUGCCGAUGGUCUCGGACCUUACAAAUUGAUGCCUCUAAAAGAGGAAGCAUUCUCCAUCACUAGUGAGGACCAGGAGCGCCUACGGACUGAACUCGGAAUCGACGCCCAGGAAUGGCAUGCAGUUGGUUCUAUUGUCCUUGACUGCUUCGAAUGGUGGUCAAUCGUCACAUACAGUGGACCGUUAGAGCACCUGCGGGGGAAGACGAUCAAAGGCGUCAUUGAUGAGGAAUUUGACAUGUAUCUGGCUCACCUGCGGAAAAUCAACAACAAGAACAACUAUGGAUGGCUGCGCAAUAUGCUCCACAGCCUUGGUCAACAGGUGAUGAGGCAGGACCCUCUCUAUUACAUACUGUACUGUGCUCUGCGUCCAGAUCGAAACACUAACCUUGUGUCGUAUCCAUACUAUGCGAAGUAUGCGAGGCCGGGUGACAGCACUGCCUUCAGACACAUCGACCUGAACAUCAAGCAAUUGGCCCAAAGCCGACGUGGUGCAAGCAUGAUCCAGGGAACCGUCUCGCUGGACAAUGAAGAGGAGGAUGACUGCACAAUCAUCCUUCCUGGUAUGCACCACCACAUUGAUGAGUGGGCUAGGCAAAUCGAGGACCGUGGCCUGUCUUCAGAUGCGUUCGUACAUCGUAUCUCCGCCGACCACUUCAACGAAGACGAUGCUAAAGCAUUUGGAACUAGCUGGACAUCACAGCCUUGUUGCGCGGGUCAAGUGCGCAUCACAUUACCGCACUUACCGCACGGCGCGCUUGGACCCACCAAGAGGACUCGAAGGACAAUGUUGCCAUGGUAUGUGGGCUUGCAAGCUGAUAUGGAGACACUCGAGGUGGCCGAGUCAGGGACAUGGUCUGAUUUGUCCACAGCACAUCGAGAUCUCAUCGCGGCUCCACUGUCUCCAUCGGGUCUAGCCAAUCGAUAUGACACUAUACCAUUUGCAUUUCCUGCCGCGGUAGAGUUAAAUGGACUUGGUGCUAUAUCUGAUGCUUUGGUUGCUCGCCGUCGUCACGACAAACCGGCAGUGAUUAGUGAGAAGACGAUCAUACUCAAGGGUACUGCGGAACAGCGUCAGCAAUUUAUCGCAGUAUGGCGUCAGAAGGCCACUAACAUGGUAUGCGAGGCUUUCGAAAUGGUUAAGGAGGUCGAAAUGCGCCUAUUUGGGGAGAAGUCCUUCUUCGUCCGCAAGUCACUAGGCUUGCCACCCACUGUUCCAGAUGAUGACCCGGAUCCUGGAUCGCCAACAGCAGACGGAUACAUCCAUGGGUUCGAAGAACCUACGCCGGAUGGGCUAAGCAAGGAAUGA